AAGCUGCAGAGGAAGCACAUCGCCUCUGCGUGGAAAGCCUUCCACCCCCUCUUAGCGGUCCUCGCCUGGCCGCAGACGAUUGUGGCCAAGGAGGUCUGGGAUGCCUUAUGGGCUGUCUUCUCCUCCGAAGGUAAGGACUCGGCCGUUGGCAUUCCCUACUUCGAGCUGGGCGUGCGCAUGUGGUCUGCCACGGGCGACAUUGAACGCGCCGAACGGACAAGCAGGGCCUUGCUCCAGCGGUCGAGCCCUGCAACCCCUGCGGACUCGCGUGUGCUGCUGCACCUCAUCCGUGCAUACUGUGCGAAGCCUGCUACGGCGGAGAGGGGGUUCUUGCUGUACCGUCGCAUGCGCGACCUGGCCGCCAAGCUCGAGAAGCCGAUGGACAUCGAAGACUACGACGAGGUGAUCGCGCUUUUCCUCAGUAAUGGGCAUACCGACUUUGCCAUGUAUGCCUUUACCGACAUGAUGUUCGCCGGCACCGUCAACCUGUACGGCAAGUCCAAGCUGCCAAAUGAGCUGAGGAAUAGCUUCUUCUUCGGGAAGUGGCUCAAGCGGCUUAUAGGCGCUGGCGAUCUCGCCGGUGCCUACGAAGUUCUGACCUAUAUGCAGAAGAACGGCGUCAUGGCUGCCUCGGUCCAGGUCAACGGAUUCAUCGGCGCUCUGCUGCGCACCGGCGACGCUGCCAACCGCCAAAAAGCCGAGCGCCUCGCCUGGUCAAUGGUCCGCAGCCGCAAGAACUUUGUGGACCUGCGGAAGCGACAUGCCAUGCUGGAGUGGCCCACGAAGCUCGUCGACGGCCGGCCCAGCCGCUCGGACCACGAGGGCCCUGAGCUCGACUACACCAUGGUCCCCCGCGCGACCGUCGAGACCUUUGUCAUCCUCGCCGAGAACUACCGCGAGCGCUCGCUGUUUGGCCGCCUAGAGGAGCUAUUCGUCGCAUACCAGGAGUGCGCGAUGGGCGGCGAUGCGAUGAUGAUGAACGAGCUGAUCGCAUCCGCCGUCGCGCAGGGCAGGGGUGAUAAGGCGCGCGAGCUGUACAGCCUUAUGGUGCACGAACACGACAUCCUGCCCAACGCCGACACCUUUGCGAUCCUGUUCCGCUCGCUUCCCGUCAACCAGCUCCCGGGCCCUUCGCUUCAGCCCGCGGUGCGCGAGCAGGCCGCCCGCCAGGCGAGGGACGUCUUCCGCGACAUGCUCGCCAGCAGCUGGGUGUUUUCGGGCCACUACCGCGCCCGCCGCGGCAGCCUGUCCGAGAACCAGGUCAAGCUGAUCCUGCACAGCUUCCGCAAGGCCAACGACUGGCCGGGCCUGCUGGCUGCCCUCCAGGGCCUACGCGACGUCCUGCGCUUCGACAUCUCGCGCGCUCUGGCCCUCGAGAUGCUCGCCGAG